AUGCCUCGUGGUCAGAAGAGUAAGCUCCGUGCUCGUGAGAAACGCCGCCGUAACAGAGAUGAAACCCAAGGUCUCCAGAGUGCUCAGGCCACCACAGCAGAGGAGGAAGAGACCACUCCUUCCACCUCUUCUGUUUUAGGAGAUGUUCCCCCAAGCUCCCCUGUUGCUAGCACUUCCCAGGAGCCUCAGGAAGCCCCAACCACCACCAGGGCUGUUGCAGGUGGUUCACGCCGCAGAUCUAAUGCAGGUGCCAAGAGCCGGGUUGAGGGAGGUAAACAUUCCUCCCAGGCCUCAACUUCCACUGCGAGUGCUCCCAAAGAUCCUCUAUCCGGGAAGGUGGGGUUGUUGGUGCAGUUCAUGCUGUAUAAGUAUAAAUUGAAGGAGCCCAUUAAAAAAGCAGAGAUGCUGAAGAUCAUCAACAAAAGGUACAGGGAGCAUUUCCCUGAAAUCUUCAAGAGAACCUCUGAGCGCAUGGAGCUGGUCUUUGGCCUAGAAUUAAAGGAAAACAAGCCCGGUGGUCACUCCUAUACCCUCGUGAGCACCCUAAACCUCACCAGUGAUAGCGAUGUGAGCAAUGGCUGGGGCUUUCCUAAGAAUGGGCUUCUUAUGCCUCUCCUGGGUGUGAUCUUCUUGAAUGGCAACUGCACUUCUGAAGAAGAUAUCUGGGAAUUCCUGAAUAUCUUGGGCAUCUAUGAUGGAAAGAGGCACUUCAUCUUUGGGGAGCCAAGGAAGCUCAUCACCCAAGAUUUGGUGCAGGAAAAGUACCUGGAAUACCGCCAGGUGUCCGGUAGUGAUCCUCCACGCUACGAGUUCCUGUGGGGCCCAAGAGCCCAUGCCGAGACCAGCAAGAUGAAAGUCCUAGAGUUUUUGGCGAAGGUCCAUGACACCGUCCCCAGUGCGUUCCUGCCCCAUUAUGAAGAGGCUCUGCGAGAUGAGGAAGAGCAAGCCCAGGCCAGAGCCACGGCUAAGGCUGCCUCUGCUACCAAGGCCAGUGCACGUUCCAGGGCCAAAUCCAGCUGCUCCACUCCUCCCUAG